AUAGCGCCUUUUUAUCCCCAAGCAAUUUCUGUGGAAUCUUUGCUUCCGGAAAUGGAAGCUUUGAGCACAAAUUCGCCAAUUCCUUCACCCAAGUUUGAACCAGAUAUCGAGAAAAUUAAGCGAACGCUCGUCCACAAGGGUGUUCAUCCCACUCCCAGAAUCGUCCGCUCUCUCCGCAAGAAAGAAAUCCAGAAGUACAAUCGCAAACUCAAGCGACUGACCGAACGACAAGCCGAUCAGUCGCCACCCCUUUCUGAGUCCCAAAAGCAACUAAUCGCCGAGGAAACUCAUUUUCUGACGUUGAGAAGCGAGUACAAGGAGUUCUCGAAGGCCAUUGAGGCAAAACCAGCCGGUGGCUUGAUGGUCGGAAGGCCUUGGGAGAGACUGGAAAGAGUUAACCUUAAAGAACUUACGGGUUUUAGAACGGGAUACAAUCGGGAUAAUCUGAAGAAGGAGAGUUUGAGAGAAUUGAGGAAGCUGUUUGAGGCUCGUAAGCUCGAGGAAUUGCAGUGGGUUUUGGACGACGAUGUGGAACUGAAGGAAGAGUGGUUGGAGAGUGAAAAUGACCACCGUGACGCCAUGGAACGGAGGCGCGGCGAUGGAGAGGUUAUUCGCUUCCUUGUUGACAGGCUCAGUUCGAGACCAAUUUCCAUGAGAGAUUGGAAAUUCUCAAGGAUGAUGAUACGGUCAGGAUUGCAGUUUAAUGAAGGUCAACUACUUAAAAUUUUGGAUGCCCUUGGUGCUAAGGGAUGUUGGAAACAGGCAUUGUCAGUGGUCGAGUGGGUGUACAAUCUUAAAAGUCACAGUCAUUCUAAAAGCAGGUUUGUCUACACAAAGCUUUUAGCUGUUCUUGGGAUGUCGAGGAAACCUCAGGAAGCCCUUCAGAUAUUUCAUUUGAUGAGGAUAUGUUAUAGCUACCUUAUUCAGGGAGAUGGCCAGAUAUAUCCUGACAUGGCUGCAUAUCACAGUAUAGCUGUUACGCUAGGUCAAGCUGGUCUCUUGAAACAAUUGCUGAAAGUUGUUGAAUGCAUGAGGCAGCAACCGUCUAGAAAAGUUAGAAACAAGUGCCGCAAAUCUUGGGAUCCUGCAGUUGAACCCGACCUUGUUGUAUACAAUGCUAUUUUGAACGCAUGCAUUCCCACCCUUGAGUGGAAAGGUGUCUACUGGGUGUUCACACAAUUGAGAAAGAGUGGUCUGAGACCUAAUGGGGCAACAUACGGACUUUCUAUGGAGGUUAUGCUGAAAUCUGGAAAGUAUGAGCAACUUCACAAGCUUUUUACAAAAUUGAAGAAGAGCGGAGAAACUCUAAAGGCAAACACUUACAGAGUUCUUGUCAAAGCUUUUUGGGAGGAAGGAAAUGUCAAUGGAGCUAUUGAGGCAGUCAGGGAUAUGGAACAAAGAGGAGUAGUUGGAUCUGCCAGUGUCUAUUAUGAACUAGCUUGUUGUCUGUGCUACAAUGGGAGGUGGCAAGAUGCAUUAGUAGAGGUGGAAAAAAUGAAAACACUGUCACACAUGAAACCUUUGGUGGUGACCUUCACUGGCAUGAUCUUAUCUUCCUUCGAUGGUGGACAUAUAGAUGAUUGUAUAUCUAUUUUCGAGUACAUGAAGCAAAAAUGUGCGCCAAAUAUAGGGACCAUAAAUAGCAUGCUUAAAGUUUAUGGCCGAAAUGAUAUGUUUUUAAAAGCUAAAGAUUUAUUUGAAGAAAUAAAGAGAAAAGCUGAUUGUUCCUCCCACAGUAGUGCUGUUCCUUCUUUAGUUCCAGAUGAGUAUACGUAUGGCUCAAUGCUUGAGGCAGCUGCUAGUGCACUCCAAUGGGAAUAUUUUGAGAAUGUAUACAGGGAAAUGGCUCUGUCGGGAUACCGGCUUGAUCAGAGUAAACAUGCAAGGCUACUUGUGGAAGCAUCCAGAGCUGGGAAGUGGUAUCUAUUGGAUCAUGCAUUUGACUCAAUCUUGGAAGCUGGACAGAUUCCUCAUCCACUGUUGUUCACAGAAAUGAUAUUGCACCUUACAACUCAAGAUAACUAUGAGCAGGCUGUCACCUUAGUGAGAACCAUGGGAUAUGCUCCAUUUCAAGUGAGUGAAAGGCAAUGGACAGAACUUUUUGAAGGGAACAGGGACAGAAUUUGUUGGAAAAACUUGAAAAAACUAUUGGAUGCUCUUGGCAACUGUGAUGCAUCAGAAGCCACGGUCUCGAACUUGUCGAGGUCAUUGCAGUCUCUUUGCAAACUAGGCAUACCAGAGAACACCUCCCAGUCUGUAGCUUGUGACCAUGAUGUAACCGAUGGAUUACAACUUCCUGGUUCUGAAAACACGGAGAAUAUGAAGCUUCACCCAGAUCGCGUCACUGAUUGUUGUGAUGAGUCAUUGGAUAUCAUUCCUGUUAACCAUGCAAGCUUGAACAUGAAGGUCAAGAGUGACUCAGAGGUGUCCCCUUGGUCACAGAGUAGUUCUGAAGGUGUUUUAGGUACUGACCAAUUUUCAGAUCGUUCCAUCAAUGAGCUCUCGACUAUUGAUUUGUGUGAUGACAGCGAAGAUGAUGAGGAAGGACUUAACAUGUUACUUGAUGGAUUUGAUGAUUCUUAUGAUUCAAACUUGCCUUCUGUCAAUGAAAUACUGAAAACCUGGAAAGAGGAGAGGAAAACCGAUGGGUUAUUUCUCCACCCUCUGAAUUAGUACACUUUAGUAAUGUCUUGUUAUGUGUCUGUAUAUAGUACAUAUUUACACAAUUUGCAUAAUCAUAGCUUUAAAUCGUUGCAUUUCACUAUCA